AUCGCUCUAGCGUCAUGCCAAUUUUACCCUCAAUGAAUCCUUGUGCCCAUGUCUCUGUGCGCAUGCGUAUUCGGUUUUGGUGCUUAGUCGCGUAUAGUUCCGAACUGGUUUAACUAGUUGCUGUACUUCUGUUUCGCUAAUCGUUUCGGCGACGAGACGAGAUGGCACGCUCGAUUGCGUGUGUUAAAGCGUUGAGAAUUUUGAAGUUUCAAUGUUUUUUAUGCAAAUCGAAUGACUUUUGAGGAGAGCACGUAACGUAAAGCUACUAUUGCCCCUGAACCAAUAUAGCAGCUCUACUCCAACUGCUGCUACUGUUCAGAGUAGUAGCAUUAGCUCUUUCUAAGCUGAUCCCCCGGAUAUUAUACUGUUAUUAGCUGUUAUUAAAGCUGCGUACCUCGGUUGUUUAGAUAGGGCAUGAACCAGGUGGCGAAGGCUGGGCGGCUGGCUUGAGGUUGUGCUGGGGAGUAUACGGUGAAGUGGGCGAAGAGGGCGUGGUGGGUGCGCGCGGCAUAAGAGCGGAUGCUGGCGCUGGGGAUGUGGCCGCCAGCCCCCCGGCGGCGUGGGACGGGACGUCAAAGACCCUUGAGCAGCCGGAAUGCGUCUGUCAGUAUGUACGCUUACCACCGGGAGCGAUGGGCGGCAUUAUGUAUGUCAGUGCGGGUGGUGGCGGUCGUCCAUGAGUUGUGCAACUACGCACUGAAUACAUGGCCAUACCGCAUAGGUCGCGAUGUGUGCGGGCAUGUGCUUUGAAACGAGGUGUGCGGAACGGGACCGGCUGCCUUCUUUCAACAGUGCAGCUUGGGACUCAUUCGGGGUUGCGUAGAGGUUGGGCUCGUGAGGUUGGGCUCAUGUCGUUAUUUGGCGCUGACAAAGAAGCGAUAUUGGCGGCGGCAGCCGGCGCCGGGCCUAAGAUGCAGCACCGCACCGAAGGGACCCGUGGGAUGGUCCCAAACGUCAUUAGCUACUUCACUGCUGACGUUAUCCUAGUUCCAAACCCCCGUAGGAAAGGUGAAUGGGAUAUCGGGGGGUUCUGCUCGGGGCGAAACCACCCUCCGCCUUGGACGAGGCGCCGGAAAUAAUGGACCGAACGAUAAAGACGUCUUCGGUUAUGAAAAACCAGGGUUUAUACCCAGGUAAUACCUCGCAUCUGAGCGCUAUUAAGCUCGUGGCUUUUCGGUCAAUGAAAUUGCCAACGUUUGCAAUUGCAAUCAGCUUCCUAAAACCAUAACGGGAACUUUGG